AUGGAGGACGACACAUUUGAGCUUGAGGCCCCCACCGUCGAGCCUGGUUAUGACGAGGAAGCUGGCGCCCCCGCCCCUCAUGUGCGCGCCGUGCCUGAGCCCGUGCGCAAGUUCGUCGUGCUCUUCCACAAGUACUUCAUCCAGAAGAACGUGGACAAGAUCACCGGCAUCUACCACUACACCUUCAGCAAGCUCACUGACAGGUUCUUCAAGGAUUCUACUUGGCCCUCCGAGGAGACCAUCGCUCCCCUUGUCAACAAUGACAAGGUGUUCCUCCUCAUGUACAAGGAACUCUACUUCCGUCACAUCUACUCCAAGCGAGAGCAGCCUUCGCUCAACGCUCGCUUCGAGUCGUGGCACAACUACCGCCAGCUGUUCGACUACGUCCUCGCGCUGGAGGACGAGGCCGAGCUGGGCCUGCCCCUGCAGUGGCUGUGGGAUAUGGUGGACGAGUUCCUCUUCCAGUUCCAGUCCUACUCCCAGAACCGCUGCAAGCUCGCCAACAAGUCUGCCAACGACCUCGCGCUCUUCAAGGAGCACCCCGACGUCUGGAGCGUGACUAGCGUGGUCACCUACCUCGAGGCGCUGUCGACCAAGGGCAAGGUGGUGGAGCUGCUCGCGGCACAGAACGCCGACAGCAAGCCGCCGCAGGCGCAGCAGUACACGCUGGGCCAGGCCCUGGGCUACUUCGCCCUCGUCGGUCUGUCGCGCGUGCACUGCCUGCUGGGCGACUACCACAGCGCCCUGCGCGCCCUGGAGCCCAUCGACCUCACCCGCCGCGGCCUCUACACGCGCGUCACGGCCUGCCACGUGGUGGGCUCCAUCCUCACCUACAUGACCCGCACCAAGCAGUACCACACCCGCUCGUACCAGUACGAUCAGAUGAUGAAGAAGAACGAGCAGCUCUACUACCUGCUCGCCCUCGCCGGCGCCCUGGCCCCGCAGGGCACCGGCCCGCUCGGCAACGACACCGUCGAGCAGGCCCUCCACGAGAAGUGCGGCGACAAGCUCAUCCGCAUCAACCGUGGCGAGCUCGCUGCCUACGAGGACAUGUUCAACAAGGCGUGCCCCAAGUUCAUCCACCCGUCGCCGCCCAGCCCCGACGCUGCGCCCAACGCCUCGGCCGCCCAGACCGACGAGGCCGCCGCCGCCUCGCUGCCCCACGACUACCACCAGGAGCCGCGCAGGCUGCAGGCCCGCGUGUUCAUGCAGGAGGUCGAGGAGCAGGCCCCGCUCGGCACGCUGCGGUCGUUCCUGCGGCUGUACACGACCAUCUCCAUCCCCAAGCUGGCUGGCUUCCUCGAUGCCGACGUGGCGACCGUGCGGGCGCAGCUCAUGUGCUACAAGCACAAGACCGCGCACGCGCCCCACCUCGGCCCGCGUCUCCCCGACUCAGCCACGCCCCACGACGUCACGUUCCACAUCCAGGGCGACAUGGUCCACGUCGUCGAUGCCAAGCAAGCGCGUCGCUACACCGACUACUUCCUCCGCCACAUCCACAAGUUUGACUCCAUCCACUCGCGUCUCCUCACCCACCAGCAGCAGUAA